AUUUUGAAGCAAACUUUCUCAGGCUGAUUGACAAGAUAACCAAUGGCUCUAGGAUUGAAAUAAACCAAACAGGUACAACUUUGUACUACCAGCCUGGGUUGCUCCACGGAGGGUCACUGGAACAUGAUUGCAGCCCAAAUCGAAGUAUUGGAUAUUAUCUAGAGAGUCUUCUCUGCUUAGCCCCAUUCAUGAAACAUGCAUUAAGAAUUGUCCUCAGAGGUAUAACCAAUGAUCAGAUAGAUCCAUCAGUGGAUGUUCUGAAGGCAACUGCUCUACCUUUGUUGAAAAGAUUUGGAAUUGAUGGUGAAGAAUUAGAAUUGAAGAUUGUAAGGCGGGGUAUGCCCCCCAAAGGAGGAGGGGAAGUGAUCUUCGCUUGUCCUGUGAAGAAAGUACUAAAACCUAUUCAAUACAUUGACCCCGGUAAAAUUAAGCGUAUCAGAGGUAUGGCCUAUUCGGUCAGGGUGUCCCCCCAGAUAGCAAACCGAAUGGUGGAUUCUGCAAGGAGCAUCUUGAAUAAAUUCCUACCAGAUAUUUACAUUCAUACCGAUCAUAUGAAAGGGACCAGCUCCGGGAA